AUGUUAGAAGUCUUCACUCAUGGUUUCACUUUCCUCAACUGCUUAUCCACAAUCGCUUUCUUUACUACUGUAGGAUUAUUUUUUUGCGGAAUACCAAUUUGUCGUCAAAUAUGGAAGAGAAAGGAUACAGACGAAAUUUCCGGAGCACCCUUUCUAAUGGGAAUUCUGGGUGGUUGUUGUUGGAUGACAUAUGGGUAUUUAAAGAAUGAUGAUACUGUACUUGUUGUAACGGGAUGUCAAGUUAUACUUUACUCAACUUAUACAUUAUUUUAUUGGUUUAUGACCAAAAACAAGCUUUGGAUCACAAUCAAAGUGCUGGCUGUUGUUUCGACUUGUGGAGUCUUGAUGGCUUCUGUUCAUUUCUUCGGAAUGAAGGUGUUUCACCCAUUAGGCAUUAUUUGCAUGACCUUAAACACAGCAGAUUUUGCUGCACCUCUAGGAGGACUUAAAGUUGUUAUUCGCCGUGGGGCCACUUCAACUCUUCCGUUACCAUUGUGUAUCGCUAAUUUCUUCGUUUCCACCGAAUGGUUCCUCUACGGAUUACUCAAGAAAGAUUUCUAUCUUAUCACACCCAAUGGAAUUGGCUCUAUGCUUGCCUUCCUCCAACUCUUGCUUUUUGUUGUUCUUCCACGAAAACCUGGCCAGUUAUCUCCUAUGGUCAAGUUAUACCGUAAGCUUCGAUGCCAAGAGAAGCUUGAUGAGAUCGAAGAUCCAACUGAAGAAAUCGUUCCUGAACUUGGAAUUGAUGACGACAAGAAACCAUGCAGAGCCAAACGUUGGUCUAAGAAGGUUAUGACAAACGUUUCAACCGUAGCCGAAGAGAUCGAACAUGUAAUUCAUAUGGUUGGACAUGAUCAGUUUGGAUACACUCACAAAAUCAGCAACGAAUAUGAUACUGCUUCUGAAAAAACGAUGGACACACUUGAUGCACCUGAAGACAAGGAAAAGCCCAGUAUUCUCGACAAAGUCUUCCGUCAAGAUAUUACUGAGCUUAAUCCUGAUAACCUAAGACGACUCGGAUACUCUCUGAGAAUAACCGAUCAGCAGAAAGCUAAGUUGAAAAGAAUAGCCAGCUCUCCUGAUCUUUCCGUUCCAAAUGUCUGA